UGCAGUGGAUGUAAAGCUGGACCCAGCUACUGCGCACCGAUGCCUUGUUCUUUCUCCUGACGGGAAGAAAGUGACUGAUGGAGGAAAGAACCAGGCAGCUUUUGAUUCUCCAAAGAGGUUUGACGUGUUUGGCAGCAUCCUGGGGCUCAACGGGCUGACCUCUGGGAAAUCGUACUGGGAGGUGGAAGUCGGCAAAAAGACCGGAUGGGAUCUGGGUGUAGUGAGACGCAACGCAAACUGCAAGGGGAAACUCUCGCUGACCCCAGAUAACGGUUACUGGGUAACUGUACAUUAUGAAGAUGAUAAGUACGCAGCCCUGUCAGCCCCACCCGUCAGCCUCUCGCUGACAGCGAAACCUCAGAAGGUCGGGGUGUUUUUGGAUUACGAGGAAGGUCUCGUGUCCUUCUAUGAUGUGACGGCUCAAUCUCACAUCUACUCGUUUACUGAGUGUUUGUUCACUGGAGAGAUCUUGCCAUAUUUCAGUCCACACCUUAAACAAAAUGGGAAAAACGCUGAUCCUCUGAUUAUCUCAGCUGUGAAAAAGCAGAAGUAGUUAUAUGAAGUGCGUGUGUUACUGGUGCGCUGAAAACACUUGAUAUGAAAU